GUACCUUUUUAGUGUUGCUGUCGAGACACUGGAUCUAGCAACCUCUGUACAAAACGGUUUUAUUUAUCUUAGCUAACUAGGGUAUUGUUAGCUUGAGUACAUAUGUCAACCUUUUUAUUUACGUUGCAAUCGCUUUAAUAUAACGUAUAUUCUAGGCUUGGUCGCACUAUCUAACGUUAACAUCAAACUUUUUAGCUAGCUUGUUUCGAGGGCUUUUUGCUUUGCAAACUAGCCAUGGAUAACAUUAUUGAUCUAGCAUCAGAACAAGGUCUCCCUCUGUUCUCCUUGCGUCUCCUGGUUCCACCUCUACGCCUGAUGUGCGCUUUCAUGUGGCAAGUGACUCAACAGCGUAAUGUGAUGCAGUAUGGGAAGCUGGAGGAAUUUGUGACUUUGGUGACAGAGAUGGUUCCAGAGCUGCUGAACUCCAGGCAGAGGACCCAACUCAUCCUGGGACUGAGAGCAAGGAUGGUUUUAGAGUUGUGUUGCAGUGCGGGCAGCGCUGACCUCCUGACCAUCCAGGCCCACCUGGACAUAAUCCACACAUUGACAGAAACAUCUUUACACAAAGAGAGUCAUGGUGAUGAAUUGGACGCUUCAGAUUCUAACUUUGUGGAGCUAGUCCAAACCCUGCUGGGAGACCCUUCUGAGAGGGAGCAUUUCUUCCAGGAGGUGUUCCCAGUCCACUAUGGCCCUCGGUAUGACACAGCACUGCAGACACUGGUGUGGGAGUUCCUCUCCAGACUGGAGGAGCUGCUGCCUGUACCAGACCUCACGCAGAUAACAGCAUGGCUCGGUGCUGCCCCCUCUGUCCUGGAGGAAUGUGGGCAGACUGUCUUUGACCCUGAACAACUGAAGACAGUGUUGCAGCACCAUCAGCAUCAUGGAAACCUGAACAAUAGUCAUGUCUCUAAUUACACCACAGAUACCAUCCUGUCCACACUGUCCCUCCCUCCAAUAAUCAGAGUUGUUAUUAACUACGAACCAGACAACUCUGACAAUGUGAGGCCAUUCUCAGAUGAUGAUGAAGACCACAAUGAAAUCCUGGAUGAAGGCACUGAUAGAUGUUUGGAGGAUCUAGGACUGUCAACAUCAGAGCAACAGGAGGGUCUGUCACCUGCAGAGACCUCAGUGUUGGUUACUCCAGUACCCUGUGAUGAAUUGAACUUGGAUCAUUCUCUCAACGUAAUGGUGAAUGCUGACGAGCCAUCCCAGGUUCUUACCUGCACUCUGCCGCCAUUCUCUCACAGUGAAAUGGCCAACCUCUGCAAGGACAAUACCGACCAAGUAGAAAAGGACAGAAAGCAGGUUGACAAGAAAGAAGAAGUGGUCAGAAAAGGAGACAAAAAGAAUGUGAUCAAACCGGUUGACAAGAAAAAAGAGGGAUCCCCUGCACCCCAGAACAGGGCUCAUGUAUGUGAGUGUGGGAAGGUUUUCAAAAAACCAUCACUGUUGACGCUACAUAUGGGAGUUCACACGAUGCCACAUCAUUGUGACCAGUGUCCCAAACGAUAUGCUACUCCUGGGGCACUGAAAAAGCACCAGCUACUUCACACAGAAGAAAGACCAUUCGCAUGUGAACACUGUGACCGGAGGUACAGGAGUGCUUAUGAUCUCAAAGUGCAUGUACGCAUUCACUCUGGGGAGCGCCGUCACAUGUGUACUAUUUGUAAGAAGAGGUUUGCCCAUCCAAGUACACUAGUGAGACACACGCGAAUGCAUGCUGGGGAGAAGAAUUAUUUAUGUAGCAUAUGUGGUAAGGCAUUCCUUAGCUCAGGAGAAGUGCGGUUGCAUACACGAACGCACACAGGAGAAAACCCCCACACCUGUAAACAUUGUGGAAAGGGUUUCAAAGCAUCUUGCCAUCUUACGGUUCAUCUGCGAUCUCACACAGGCGAGCGUCCUUACACCUGCACCCAAUGCCCCAAAUCUUUCACUACCUCAGACUCUCUUAGAACGCACAUAUAUACACACACUGGGGAGAAACCUCACCGGUGCUCAGAGUGUGGGAAAACAUUUACUCAAAGGUGUAAUAUGGUAAAUCAUAUGAGAAGAAUUCACCGGUUAAGAUUCUCCAAAAGCAGUCCAACAGAAAGAAGCACAAAGUCUCGUAAAAAUGCUUUGAGUGCGAAAGAAACUAUGUAAUAGGUAAUUCCAAUCGAAAUAUUGAUUGGAAUUAUUGAGACAAGAAAUUCCAUGUUUAAUUCUGUUUUAAAUACAUGGUUUUACAGGUCCUCUUUUGUAUAUCAGAUUAUCAUAUCAAAACAUGUUUUUCAAUCAACUUCAAAUCAAGGUUCUUCACAUCUACACAUGAUAUUUACACUGCAAAUAAUGAUUUUAGAAGUGGGAUGAUGAUGAUGACAUUUACUGAAUUUAAACUGUUUGACCAACCAGAUUCCUUAAUAACACCUGUAAGAUAUACAUAUACAAAGUGUCCCGACUACCUCCAGAGGUCUUCAGGAAGAUUUCAUCACACUCUGUUCACUAUGCUUCAAUUGAAUUGGCUACGUGAGUUUAUUUCCAAAAUGCUAUAUCCACCAAUUUUUCACAUUGGUGUUUUUUCACCUGAAAUUAUUGCAUGUGGGUACUUUCAUGUGUGUGCCAAAUACUAAUGUUCUCAUUUUUUAAAUUAAUUGAUUUUAGGUGUAUAUUAAAACUAUUUUUAAGCAAAACUUUAUAUCCAUUGUUUAGUUGAAAUGGAAUGUUUGAAUGCGGUAUUUUACUGUGAUAUGUGGUGGUUGUCUCAUCUAGCCAUCUUAAUAGGGGCGCUUUAACCUCUACGGGAUUGGUGUCCCUCAACCAAGACAGUUGUUGCUCAAAAUGCGAUAAUGUGACUAGAAUUAUGUUGUAAACAACAGCCAACUUUCCUGGACAUAGACUUGUUUUAUAUGGGCAGUGUCCAAUUUACAGUAGCUAUUACAGCAAAAAAAAAAUACCAUGCAAUUGUUUGAGGAUAGUG